UCGACAUCUCUGUCUCCCGACCCAUCAGAAAAAUGGGAAACCAAAAAAAAAAAAAAACUUCCAUUAUUAACUAAUCUCGCCUUCUAAACAAUCCCCUCGCCCUAUUUCUCUAAUCUCAACCACUAAAAUUCCUCUCUCUGAUCAACCGGUUUCAAUUCUUUCCUUCAUCUGAUUCAUCGAUUCAAUUUCACUCUUCGAAUUUUGUCCAUCUCCCUUUUGUUUUGUGUUUUUUCGCCCCAAUUCGGCGAUGUUAAUGGCGGAAGGCGCUUCCCCAUCAAAACCCAAUACUUCGAUUUCUUUCCAUUGUUAAUUGUUUCGAGUGGGAGAGGUUUUUAUUGUUGUGCGAAAAUGGAGUUGGAUGGCAUCGAAGGCGUGCCAUCCAUGGACGUGAUGGACGAGGAGGAUACGACCCUUCAACGUCACUGUCAGUUUCCUUCGAUUUCGAAGCCUCGCAUCAACAAUAACGACAAUCCCACCACCACAAGUGUCCACGAGCUUCUUGAAUGUCCCGUCUGCACCAAUUCUAUGUAUCCCCCAAUUCAUCAGUGUCCCAAUGGGCAUACCCUCUGUUCUACAUGUAAAACAAGGGUCGACAACCGUUGCCCGACGUGCAGACAAGAGCUUGGUGAUAUCAGAUGUCUAGCAUUGGAAAAGAUAGCUGAAUCACUUAAACUGGCUUGUAAAUUCUGCACGUAUGGGUGCCCGGAGAUAUUGCCGUACUACAGUAAACUCAAACACGAAGCUGCGUGUUACUUUAGACCAUAUACCUGCCCUUAUGCUGGAUCAGACUGCCCAGUCGAUGGGGAUAUUCCGUUCCUUGUUUCUCAUCUUAGGGAUGAUCACAAAGUCGACAUGCAUUCUGGAUGCACAUUUAAUCAUCGUUACGUAAAGGCUAAUCCAUGCGAAGUUGAAAACGCUACAUGGAUGCUAACCGUCUUCCACUGUUUUGGCCAGUAUUUCUGUCUUCAUUUUGAAGCCUUUCAGCUGGGCAUGGCACCGGUUUACAUGGCAUUUCUCCGAUUCAUGGGCGACGAAACGGACGCCCGGAACUACAGUUACAGCCUUGAGGUCGGUGGAAAUGGCAGGAAGCUCAUAUGGGAGGGCAACCCUCGGAGCAUUCGGGACAACCACAAGAAAGUGAGAGACAGCCACGACGGGCUCAUUAUACAGCGAAACAUGGCGCUCUUCUUUUCGGGGGGAGAAAAGAAAGAGCUGAAGCUGCGGAUCACGGGACGGAUUUGGAAAGAACAAAAUAAACAGUAAUAUUGUGUUAGAUUCAAACUCUUAUGUAUGUGAUUAUUAUGCAUAACAUUUACUUCAACUUUAUCAAGCCGAGAUCAUAUCUUGAAUCAGCUCCCAAGUCCUUUUCAAAGCUAAACUUCUUGUAAUUCGGUUUAGCUUUUACAAUGUCAAUCGUUCAGCUCGUUCUGAAGCUGUUUUCAUCCUAA